CUCACUGGAUACUGAUGUUCUACAGCUCUUGUGAGAUCUAAAAAUCUUGUGUUUUAUGUAAGUCAUUGCCAUAUUUAUUGUGUGUGAUAUAAUUGUUAUAUUGUUGAGUCUCUGUCAACUCUUGUGUUUGUGUUCGGGUUUCUUUACAUUACGUCUAUAUAAGGAAGGUUCAGUUUUUACUCUGGCAGUAUUUUAACUUGUGAAGUAAUGCGGGAAUUUCCAAGAUAACCUUCAGUUAGAUGCUCCUCCCCCCCUCCUGCAUGAGGAAAUUGGCAUAGCUCAGUGUUACCGCGGCGAGAGCAUGACUGAGAAGACAUCGUUGUUCGUCUGGUGUUCGGUUCUCACAGUAGGAUCUGUCCUCGGUCAGAACAAUGAAUCUCAGCUGCAGUGUAUCACUAACGAAGACUGUUCUGAGCUGACGACCUGCAUCAACCUGCAGUGUGAAGACCCCUGCCUGAACCUCUGCAAAGGCAACUCCAACUGCCAGGUCCGAGGCCAUGUGCCAUACUGCUCCUGCAAACCUGGGUUUGCAGGCGAUCCCUUCACUGGCUGCAAUCAGCGGAUUUCAGCUCUAGCGCAGUGUGAAACUAACGAAGACUGCCCGAGGGAUCGAGUCUGUGCCAGGAAGAAGUGCGAGGACCCCUGCCUGGGAGUUUGUGGUUAUAACUCCACCUGCCAGGUCCUCGACCACGUCCCCUAUUGCUCUUGCCGACCUGGCUUUUACGGUGAUCCCUUCUCUAAGUGCAAUCGACAAUAUCGUCCAGGAAGUUGGCCGCCGUUUCCGGAUGCGAGAAAACGCUACCAAGUGGAAGCUAUCAAGACAAAUUGGUUCGGAGCUUUCGCUCAGUGCAUGAACCAUGGCGGCAGGCUUGCUGUCAUCCUUACCAAGGAAGAGAAUGAUAAAGUUAAGGAAGAAAUCCUCAGAUCUGGUUUGAGACCCCAGUUCUGGCUUGGAGGGACGGACUACCCCCUGGGGAACCACUGGACAUGGAUGAGCACGGGGAAACCCUUCACGUUCACGGACUGGCACAACAACCAGCCGGACAACUGGCAGAACAGGCCUGGAGGGGAACAUUGCCUGGAGUUCUGGGAGACAGAAUCUCUUCGCUGGAACGACAGGAACUGCCUGGAUGAGUUGUACUCGAUCUGUGAGUACUACGACUCUGAUGACAGUUCGUACGACGUGAACUGGCGACUGGGUGAAGGCAGAAGAUAAAAGGGAUCGCUACGUUGAACUAAUAAAUGUCUUAUUUAUUUAUUCGA